ACACGAGGGGUUGUUGUUGUUAUUGCUGUUGUGUCUGCUACUGUUGUCAGAGCCACCAUGAGGGUGCACCUAGCGAGUGAACCGUUACUGUGAGCUCCUCUUCACUCAUUUCUUUCUUGGCCACACACGUGUAGCUAGCGAUUUUCACAUUUGGGAUUUUGCAAUGUAACCAACUGAACUCCAAGUGGCUACGCGCAGGGUUUCCCCAACUCCAGUCCUCGCGGCCCCACCUCCACGCGACAUAUUUCCGCGUUUUCCAAUUUACUCCCCAUUCAGAUUCAAAUUAACUCGUUACACGCUACACGCGCCCGAUGAUCGCUACAUAAGUCCCACGCGCAAAGCAAUCAACGCCGUGUCGUUCAUGUGAAACACGUGUACACACACACACGGACACGUGACACAUGUGCACGCACAUGGACACUAUCUCAAUGUUCAUUUGAAGUGGUUCGAUUAACAAAGAUUUAAUUGCUUAGCGCGUCACGUGGGACGUGUUUAACAAUUAUCUGGCGCGUACAGCGUGGAACGAGUUAGUAUUUGAAUGUGGAGGGGUAAAUUGGUGAACGCAGAAAGAAGUCGGCGUGGAGUUGGGCCGCAAGAAAUGGAGUUUAGGAAAUCCUGGCCAUCAGGGUUCGUGCCGUGUCUCCAGCUUUAACACCUUCCCCACCGAAUUACUGGUGCGAUUUGGUCGGAUGCCAAAAUGGGGGAGUUUGCGUGAACCUGCCAAUCGAUCCGUUCUACCAGUGCAUCUGCAGCCCUGAGUGGGCCGGACCCACCUGUGAAUAUCCAAAUUCAAUGCCAACAACCAGUCCAUGGAUUUAUACCGGACGUUUUGAUUCAAUGCCAACAACCAGUCCAUGGAUUUAUACCGGACGUUUUGAUGCGCCCAUACGGCUGGCUGGGGGUGGCUCCUCGUGUCAGGGCCGGGUGGAGGUGUUCCACCGCGGCACGUGGGGCACGGUGUGUGAUGACAUCUGGAAUCUGCAGCACGCCCAGGUCGUGUGUCGCCAGCUGGGCUGUGGCUACGCUGUUGCUGCGUUGUCCUUUGCUCACUUCGGACCGGGCAAUGGUCCGAUCUGGCUCGACGAUGUCCAGUGCUCUGGCUACGAGCAUCAGCUCUCCUCCUGUCAGCAUCUUCCCUGGGGGAGGCACAACUGUGUCCAUCAGGAGGAUGCCUCUGUCAUCUGCUCGGAAGAGUUGGAGCAAUUCAACUGCACGUCGCAGCACCUGGAGCUGCUGAUCUCUCUGAGCAUGCUCAACUCACUACACCUCUCCCCAUACUCCAUUCACCUCGAGGACCCCUCGUGCCGUGGCUACAUCUCAGGGCAGUACCUGGUCCUGCACAGCGAUCUGCAUGCCUGUGGCACCAGGGUCGAGGUGCAGGGCAACACCAUCGUCUACACGAACACUGUGUACGGCUAUGUGCCCGGUACCAAGGCCAAGAAACUGCGCAUCCCCUUGCACUGUCAAAUCGGCUCUGCGGGCAGCGUCAUAGCGAGCUUUGCACCCAGGGUGCACGACAGGUACAGCUCAGGCAAUUUCGAAUUGAGCAUCCAGCUGUACAUGGACGAGAGCUUCUCGCAGCCCGUCUACUCAUACCCACUGGAGGUGGAUCUCGGGAGCCGCAUCUACACGGAGGUGCUGCUCGUCUCCUUCAUCAGCAACCUGCAGCUCUUCCUAGAGACGUGCAAGGCUUCCCCCUACAUAGGCGCGAACGACAGCAACUCCUACUUCAUCAUUAGAAACGGAUGUCAAGAGGAUCCAUCCUACAACAACUACUACAGCGGUGAUAACAAGAGACAGCACUUCAGCUUCCAGAGCGUUGAGUUCUUUGCCGGCUCUCAGGUGUACCUGGAGUGCUCCGUACGCGUUUGUGACUCUUCCAACCGGUACUCGCGGUGCCAUCGAGGGUGUGUGCGCUCCAAACGGUCCGUGCGCGACCUCUCCAGCCAGAAAAAGUACGCCGAGCACAACGUGGGCCUCUCCCAGGGCCCCCUACGGUUCCACAAGAUGCGCCAGGCUUCUGGGGUGCUGAGCUCGCUGGCGGGCAUGGUGUACGCCCUGGCUGCCGCCCUGGCCGUCGCAGCCGUGUGCGUGGCCGCGGUGAAAGUCUACCGCCACCGCGCCGCAGGGCCCCAGUAUCACCACGUCGUCACCAACGAUGAAUUCGCGACCUGAUGGAAUGGAGCCGUUGGAUUCCAUUGUCGACACGAAUUUGUUUUUGUCUGUGCUGGUUUUUUUUUUUAAAUCGUCGAAUCCACGAGUUUACCGAUACUUUCAACUCAUUAGUUGGUGAUGCUGCUGAUUCUGCUAUGUUGACAGUGGGACACCAGCACAGCUUGCAACAGCAAAACUUUAACGCAUUAGUCAAUAAUACCUCUGUGGCUUUAAAAGGAAAACCAUAAUACGUGACGUUUCAGGCAUUGGGCAUUCUUCUGUGGCCAUUGUCGAAAACUGUUCUUAUAUUUUUAUUACAUUUAAGGCCACAUAGUUAUUGACAUGUGUUGAGUUUUUUUGUUACCUAUAUAAUUCACCUUUUUUUAAACUACAAUUAUUUGGAGGGUUAUAGCUGAUGCAUGGUGCAGAAAAUGUAGAGCAAAUGCAUAGAUGUCAUCUCCCUCAUUUGAUAUGCAGGUCGUUGGUUCGAUCACGACCCUGACACCUGGAUAUUUGGGGUUUUGAGUGUGCUACCCAUGGUCGGGUGGAUUUUGCUCCAGGUCACCCGGUUUUUUCCAACCCACAUUAACAAACAUAUAGUAAUUGGCUGCUUUAAAUUUCCACAUGAUAAGCCACUGCGUUGAGCUAUCAUUUAUGGCCAAGAUGCUUCUGAAAAAGAGCUACA